GAGGUAUCACGCGACAAGGAGACAGACGCCCCGAGGAUGCUGUCAAGGGGCCGCGAGGCGGCGGCGACGGGGGCCAGCGUUCGGUUCGCCGCACGGCACUGCACGCCCGGUAGAACGCCCGGAGAGGCGGGCCACCUCAGUCCGAGUUCGAAUCCCGCCUGCGCCACCGACUCGCUGAGGACCCGCAGGCGAGCGACUUCACAGUUUCAAGAAAGGGACGCGGGGUGUGCAGGCCUAUCCUACAGACAAGCUCGGAGGACUACUGUCGGCGGUUCGCGCACAAACAGGCGGCCGCGGUGCGGCGCCGCCCGGACCCGAGCCCACCACCGGCCGCCCCGGCUGUCCCGGCCUGGGCUUGACGGGAGCCAGAGGCCGCGCCCCGCACCGGGCAUGCGCAGCUCCGCGCGCACCCGGAGAGGAGCCGAGGCCGCGGUCGCGCGUCGAGCGGGCCCUCCCGCCUCAGCCUCCCCAUCCGGCCCGGGCCCCUCAACCGCCUGCCGUGAGCCCCACGCCUCGGCGGACGGCCACCGCUUCCCGGCACUCACCGCUACCAGCGCGGCGGGCUCCCGGCCGCUCCUUCGCCUCAGGCCCGCCCCUGCCGCCUCCACCUCAGCCCACCUGCCCGCCGUAGGACAAAGGCGCCACCAACCGACCGGCGCGGGCACGAGGCAAUGGCGGCCGGGGCGGAGAGUGGGGGCAGAGGGCGCGCACGCAGCGGCAGGCGCGGCAAUGUCGCAAGAGCGCGUGGGUUUACGGCAGGGCUGAGUUGGGCGUCGAUCUCCUUAGCAAUCAGGGCGGGGAAGUGGCUCCUGGCGGCCGUUGAGAACGCUAGGGGUUGCCUAGUAACGGCUCCAAGGCUAAGGAUGGGUCCAGGCUUGGUCCUCCGACCCCAAAGGCUUCGCCUUUCUGAUAUUCGGAGCGCCUUUUCUCCCAUUCUAACUGUGGAAAUAGAUCAUUUAAAUCCUAAAACACUUUGGUUUCGUUUUUCAUAAAACACAACAAAAAACAAAACACCUUUGGAUGUGUGUGUUGGAGAAUAGUAUAUGUAUUCCCGUUACCUCCGAAUCCCAAGGAACAAAGAAAGCAGAGAGGACCACAAAGGAGUGUG